AUGGCUUCUCAAACGAGCGGAAGGAACAGCGUAGGAUUAGACGCCGCCAGAGGCACUCCUAACACUGCGAGGGGACUGCGGGCGCCCACUGGCUCUGCCCCGGUGGAUGUCCACAGCCUGAAUGCUACUUGGACACGCCUCCAUUAUGUAACCCAGCAGUGCGCCGGGUUUCAAAAAGAGUCUUGUGACAUCCAGCGCAUUCUGUGGACCAACAUCCACACAUUGCUGGCGCAGAAAACCUCUUUGGAGAGGUCGUGGUGGGACAUCCAUACGGCAUACAGUUCCAAGACCGACGAAUUAGAUGUACUGGCCGAAAACAGUGUCAUUCUGAAGGAAGAACUCAAUAUAGCCCAACAGGAGACCGAGGCGGCUCGUCGUAUGGCCGCAGAGUCUGAAGCCCGGUGCAUGAACCUUGCCGAGCAGCAGACGUUCUUGCAAGGCGACCUAAAUCAAGCUCGUGAGAGGAUCCGUGUCUUGGAAAAUGGUGUUGCCGUGCAAGAACGCACGAUCGACACUGCGGACCAUCCGAAGGACGCGGUAGUUCACGAGCUGGAUUCGAGCGAAAAUGGAAUGACCACUGUGAGGAUCCUGGAGCUUCAGGCCAGGAUUAAGGAAAUGGAGCAAGAGUACGAACAUAUGGUGGGAGGCUACAAGAACACACUAUCCAGCCUUGAAGCACGUCUGUCGCUAGCAGAUCAGAAAUUGGAGCGGUGUGAACAGACCACCGCCAGGACCCGUUCUACAGAUUUGAUCGUCUCACCGGCCAUCAAAAGGGAGCCACCGUCUUCAGGCCACGAUGAAAACAUCAAAACGGAAGAUAACGAGGUUACUGGGCGAGGAGGUCGAAGGCAGCCGAAGAGAGCUCGAAGGGGCCGAAAGUUGGAGCCGAAAAAUUCGGAGUUGAGAGUAGUAUGCUACUGA